AAUAAAUGGUUUUCAAUUUGUGUGCUAUUGAAUGUGAGACUUAAAUUGUCAUUGUUAGGCAUGGUUAAGCACAUAGAACUGGCAGGCGAUGGAUCGAGUUCUGACUUCUGAUAGCCAUUUUAAAAUGCUACUGCUGGAUUCUCCCCUGAAGUGGACAGAGACUGUCUCCAAUAUCUGUUUUUGAUACAAUUUCGGAGGACAAGAAAAAUUUGGCCAAAUCAUCCGGGGAGCUGCUUUUAGCCAAUCGAGAUGGGUUUGCAUCUGUUGCACACAUGCUGAAUGCUGAAGUUAAAUUUAAGGUUUACAUGUUGGAUGAAACUAGGAAGGAAUGAGUUGAGAUGUAUGCUUCAGAUUCGAAUGAUCAAAUUUGUUUGUGGGAAAAAGACUGCUGCUUCUCGGUUUCCACUCGAGACUUCCCUGGAUGUCGUUGUUUUUAUUUUUCUUGUGAGUGUGACAGCAAAUAGUGUCAUAAUAUCUUCAAUUGAAUUGGAGUUUUCAACUUAGAAGACAGAAGGGCAUUGAGGAUAAUAUCUUUCUGGCACCUCCCCCUUGAUGGGAUCAUCAGGAGAACUAGUUUAGUUGAUAGCGACCAUGACCUUAAAGGUUCUCAAGUUGCUUGUGAAUUGCAACGUUUGAUUUGAUUACCAAGAACACUUUGUUCAUUAUGUUCUGUUGUGAUUAUUUGUGUACUACCGUAUAUAAUCAGACUUGAAUUAUUCGUAUUUUGACAUGGUUAAAGUACAUAGAACUUGAGUUUAAUUUAUCAGUUGCAGAUUUGGUUAAUGCUGUUCUUUGUACAUAUCUUCUCUUCUGCUUGAACUUUGUGUGCAAUGGUACUUCCAAAGGGGAUUUGGUUGCUGCACAAGACUUCUAAACUCUCCUAUAUAAGACUUUAGGCGCCUUUCAGUUUGCUUCACCAGACCAGCGAUGGCUGGUAGACAUAUCCCAGAUGACUUGAUACGGUUCAUCCUAAAGCAGCUCCUUGACCUUAAAAACCGAAACCCCAGUCACUCGAUUUUGUGCUGUCUGUCAAUCAUGGCAGUCCCCUAUUCCUUGAUUUAUCCAGAGUCUCAAAUACACUGCAUAUUUGUAGAUUUAUCCAGAGUCUCAAAUACACUGCAUAUUUGUAGACGGGAUGGUAUUGGCUGAAAUAAAACCUAGACUAGCAAAUUGACACUAGAGUAAAAUCUAGGGAAAAUGAUCAUUUACCCAAUUUUGGGGUCAUUUAAUCCCACUUACCCAAACACUCUAAGAGAUUGCCCACUUAAUCAACAGUUUUCAUUUUUAAACCCCAAUUACCCAACCUUUUCAACACGUGCCUGUUUUAUCCAAUUUUCCUGACCCUUUUGCCCCUCUAUAACUGAAACGCUUUCAAAUUGUAACAGAAACGUGAUUUAGGGAGCGAAGCUCUCCGAUUUUAGGGAGAGAGAGGAUCGGCUGGAUUUGUAGAGAGAGAAGCUCCCUGGUUUUUGAGAGUGGAGCUCUAUCAUUUUAGAGAGAGAGAGGAGCUGUGCGAUUUCUAGAGACAGGAGAGAGAAGCUCCAUGGUUCCGGUGUGUGGAGCAUUCCGGCGAUUUCAGUGUGUGAAGCUCUGCGAUUUGUAUUUAGAGCUGGUGGUAGAAGAUUUGCGAUUCAUAGAGAGAGAAGAUCUGCUGUGAUUUUCACAUGGAGCGAGAUCGAGAUGCUCUUUGUGUUCCUCCACUGAGCUCUAUGGCUGAUCCUCUGGUUGCUAGGUGCCUUUACUCUGGCAAAGGUUAUAUGAUUCCUUUGAAUCAAUGUAUGAGCUACUCUGAGUUGUAUGAAGACAUUUUCCGUACAUUCCAGUUUUUUCCAAGUGAUGUUAUUGAGCUUCAGUAUUCAGUUCCUGGUUAUGAAGUUUGUUUUCUUCGUAAUGACCGUGAUUUCCAGAUGCUGUUUUGCUCUGCUAGAAUACAUAGGUUAGAGUGUGUCGAUAUUUCAGUUUUAAAGAUUGGGGGAGGUUGUAGCAGAACUUGUUCAGUGGAUAGUGGUUCGGAAGUUAUUGAUGAAGAUGAUUAUUUGGGUGAUGCAUUCAGGACUGAAGUUCACAAUACGUAUUUGUCUGAUGAGUGGAGUUCUUAUAUUCAUCAUGUCGGGGAUAAGUUUCAUGGUGCUGCUGAGCUCCGUGAGAAGCUCAGGAAGUAUGCAAUUGCAGUUGGUUUCGAGUUUGUAUUCCUGAGAAAUGAUUUGGACCGUAUUCAUGCAAUCUGUGCAAAUGUUGGAACUGAAGGUUGUGAUUGGCAUCUUCGCGCUUGUUCAUCAUCUACCAAUGGUUGCCUUUAUAUAACAGAGUUGAAUAAUAUUCACACUUGCAAGGGUGUAGUUAGGACUCAAAAGCACAAGCUUUUGGGAUCCAAGGUUGUCAAGACUUGCAUUGCUGCUGAUGUUAGCUAUAAUCUUUCAUUGAAGCCAAGGGAGAUUAUGAGCAAGUUCAAAUCAACAUAUGGGUUUGAUAUUUCCUACAAGGUUGCCUUGAAAGCAAAGCAUAUGGCUAAUGAAGCGAUUUAUGGUUUCGAUGCAGACUCGUUCAGCAAGUUAUCUUGGUAUAAGGAAGCUGUUUUGCAAAGUAACCCGGACUCUUCUUUUGUGUUGGAAGUUGACCCAUCUACAAAUCGUUUUCAGAGGCUUUUCGUAGCUUACGGAGGUUGUGUUGAAGGCUUCCAAUUCUGUUUGCCUGUGUUGUAUGUUGAUGGAACGUUUGGUAAAAGCAUUUACAAGGGUCAGAUUCUUUCUGCAACUGGAAGGAAUGGAAAUCAAGGUUUCUACCCUCUAGCCAUAUGUUUUUGUGAUUCUGAGACAGAUGCAAACUGGACAUUCUUUUUCAAGCAUUUGAAGAGUUUGCUUGAACCUCAAGGAAGAGUUAUCACAUUUAUUAGUGAUCGGGGUAUUGGUUUGUUGAGUGCUUUCGAAAAGGUAUUUCCUGGUAAUCCUCAUCUGUUUUGUUACAAGCACUUGGUGGUGAACCUGCCGGUAAAUAUAGGGGUAAAAGUAAUUCUGUCUUGAUAGAUGAUGUUAAGCAGAAGUUUUUUAAGGUUGCAUAUUCCUCUACUGAGAAUGAAUACCGUUUCAAUUUGCGGUUGCUUAGAGCAGUUGGUGGUGCCGAUAUUAUUGACCAUUUUCUUGCUGAAAUCCCUGUGGAAAAUUGGUGCCGUGCAUUUUAUAAUAUGAUUAUUUGCUGUGAGCUAAAAUCAGAACAAAAAGCCUCUUUCUGUUUUUGAAACUCCAGGAACAGCAAGAAAUGCACCCGUCCUUUUAUUGAGUUAUUGCAUUCUAUAAUCAGUGAACCUUAAUUAAUUCGUGACUAAAAAUACUUUUUUUUCCUUCUUCUUUUUAGUAAAAGAAAAAGGAAAAAAAUCUGGUCUUAAGUGACGAACAGUCGUCAGCAAUAGUAAUUUAAAAAAAGAACUUACAUGUGGUCCUAAAUCUUUCCAUUCAUAAAGAAAUUGGACCAUACCAAUUGUAUAUAUAGGGUCAUUGAACUUCAAACUUCUACAACCAUCCUUGUAUGCACUAUAAUUGAAGGCAGCCGGCACAAAAAGGGGCGGGGCACUGGGCGUGUAGACCGAGGAAUGCAAGUAUCACCAUUCUUCUCUGCACCGAGAAAUGAGACAUUCAAAGUAGGUUGCUGCUGCUCCUGCUCUGGCAUUCCACCGGCAGCAACUUUGUUCCGGCCAGUCACAAUGGCGAUCAUCCCAGUCAACACAUUCUUCAAGUUCACCUCCGGCGGCCCAUCCAUCUCCCCAGAACCCCUAUGCUCCUGGCUAGAAUCAUAUCCGGUGUCAUCACCAAAACUGUCGAAUUCGGGGGGAAAUUGAUACAAAUAAUCUUGCUUCUCAGUUUUCGGAACUGAUGGGUAAGUCGUACCGCCUCCUCCGCC